AUGGCUCUGCAUAUAUUAGAACUUAACACAUCAGGCGUAUUCUACCCACUGGACAACCUCACCGAUCCCCCCUUCUUGCCAGUUCCUUUUGCGCUGCCAGAACGCCAUGACUCUAUGCUCUAUGUUGGAAUCUCUGAGUUUUUCUUUAAAUCCGCGUCCUUUGCUUACUUUACAUCUGGGGCCUUUAACGUCACUCUCUCCAUGAAAGAGAUUUCCAACCAUUUGGUUCAAAACUCUCAAGGCCUUGGCAACGUGCUCUCCCGGAUUGCAGAGAUCUACAUCUUGUCCCAGCCCUUCAUGGUACGGGUCAUGGCAACGGAGCCCCCUGUGAUCAGCUUGCAGCCGGGUAGCUUCACCCUGGACAUCCCUGCCUCCAUGGUGCUCCUCGCCCAGACCGAGAACUCGACCGCUGAAGCCAUCGUGUCCAUGGACUUUGUUGCUAGUACCAGUGUUGGCCUGGUUAUUUUGGGACAAAGACUGGUCUGCUCAUUAUCUCUGAACAGAUUCCGCCUCUCUUUGCCAGAGUCCAAUCGCAGCAAUAUUGAGGUAGGAAUCCAAGCUCUCAGAGUUCCCUGUCACGGGAAAAAUGAUAAUUUUCCUAUAUAG